CCUCUUUCAUGUUCCAUGACUCAACAUGAAUAACCGACGUCCAUUCGCCCGAACGGCCACUGACAUAUCCUUGCGACCUCCACGGACACAAGGAGUUGGGCUUUCAGAACAGGCCACCCCUAGUCUUGAGGAUGAAGCUCUAAGUGGCAAAGAAAUAACAGAAGGUCGUGCAUUUUUGGGACCUGUGCAUGUAGUUCCGUAUCUGACACCACACAAAGUAUCGAUCCUCAUUCUUAUUGAGUACUACUGUCAAAAGUGCUCCCUAGCAUCCGUACAGGAAUUAUUACUGUUUCUCCUAAAGUGUAUCCAGGAUUCUUCCGAGUACCUACACAGCGACAUUAACAAGUUUGGGGCCCAAUUGGCAUCAGAAACUAGCCCUGAUAUAUGGUACCAUCUACGUGUUACACUUAAAAGAAUUAAAAGCCCAAGUCACCUACAUGAUUUUUUCAUGUCGAAAUUGGAGCCAGAUUCUAUGGAUCCCAAUCAUACUACACUACGCAAAAUUGGACUUCAGGAUUUAAUUAUACAGCGUGGAGAUAUCAUGGAUGACAAUGUUAUGAUUGGGUUGGAUCCCGAGAGUAUAUUGGGUCUUUAUGUUAGAAAGGCACGAGUCGAGUUCAGGAAGUUGUCAUUUGAGAGUACGGGUAAACUUUACUGUGCAUUUGAGAAUUAUAUUUCAAUCCUUAACCUGGACGACAAGAGCUCUCAGUCGAGGCCCCAGUCUUUAGCUGGGUCUGAAGAUUCCACUGUCUUAUCAGCAUUUGACAUGGAGAAAUACCUGGACUUUCACAUCCAACAGCUAUCAGAUAUGGGUCAAAGUGAUAUACCCGCGGACUUGCUUACUCAUGUUCACUGUAUUCAAUCACGGAUGCCAACAUUAGCAAAGACACACUAUCUUACUUGUCUACAUGCACAGCAAACUGGCGAUUUUGAAGUGGCAAUUCAGAGUUUGCAUCGGUUCUUUGACUACUGCAUGGCAACAGAAGAUCGUGUGCUCUAUCAGUAUGCUCUUUUGAACCUUGCUAUGCUUCAUGUCCGCUUCUCGCAUUACGAGCAAGCCCUAGUGGCACUCCGAGAGACUAUAGAGGUUGCCCGCGACCACAUGGACCAAGAAUGCUUGAGCUAUGCACUAAACUGGUUGUAUCGACUUACAAGGAUAAUGCCUGGCAGUAGUCUGGAAUCGAGUGAGGCGCAACUCUUAGUUAACCUUGACGAACCAACAGAUGGACGCGCACUCCACUACUUGCAUGCUCUGAAUGAAUUGACAAUUGCUAAACAGAUGCAAGGCGAAUCUAUCGUCGAGUCGCUCGAGGCAUUAACGAAAACAUCAUCUAUCAGUUUGCGACACUCACUGGAAGGCAUUAUCGGCGCUAUUCAACUGUUUCAAUCUAGGAUGUGGGGCGCCUAUGGGUAUCCGGCCUUGUCUUCCUUGUAUUCCCAGCUUCAAUUACGGUACCACCCUUCGGAAGUUGACAUGAGUGAUGCGGCAGCAGGAUACUCAAAGACAGCGAGCGAUCUUGCACUUAAUGGCCAAUUUAAGGAAGCUCUUUGCGUAAUAGAGCACGCGAAGGACAAGUUUCCUAUCUCGACUUUGAAGGCCACACCUUGGGUACAGACGCUUGUGCAAAUACUUCACAGACGCGCCAUGUCGGCUAAUCGGCUACGAGAUGCAGAGUUAUUGACACAGCAAUUGGGGACUACUCUUGUCAGCGCAUCAACACUAACGUCUUCGUUGGAUGUCAAUAAUUCAAAAGGUGAAGGCGGUAGUGGGAGGAGCGGGGCAUCUUCUCGUGAAAAUCAGCUUGAUGAUACCAGUCGAGAAAUUCAGCUUGAGAUCUUAUUACAGAAGGCACUGCUGAGUGUGCUUGCAGGACAGCGCCUUUCAGGAGUGCUGCAACUAUCAGAAGGAUUGGCCAUUAUACAACAGAAUCAAUGGCCAGGGACACGCAAGUUUACUGUUAUGUAUCUAUUGGCGCUUGCAGAGAUCUACAUGGAAUCAGACAGCACAAUGUCUGCAAUGCCUCUUUUAUUGACAGCCAUGACCUUGAGUGAACGUUGUCUGGAGCGGCCACUACUAUUGUUAGUUAAGCUCCGCCUAUCCGAAGCAUUGCUUUACCUAGAGUCUGUACAGCAGGCUAGCGACCUGAUAGACGGUCUUAUGAGCAUGGCAUUGAGCCAAGGUGACCUGUUUGUUCAGGCGAUGGCAUACUUUCAAAAAGCAAAAUGUCUUCUUGCAGCUGCCAACAAAAUUCAGCCAUCGAAGGCCUCGAAGAAAACACGUCAGCGGGAGCUAGAAAGCACUAUAAAUUACUUGAACCAUGCAUUACGAGAUUUCCAAAAGAUUGAGUCGCUCAAGGAAGUUGUGCAGGUUCUCUACUUCCAGGUCCGGGCAUAUCGCCAGCUGGAUCAAACAGAUGAGAUUGGAAAGACAUUGCGGCAAUUUAAAGUGUAUAACCUUCAGUUAUCGUCAGCAAAAAGUAAACACGAGCCUAGCUGGUAUUCGUACUACUUUUCCCGUGACGCGUUUGACGGUAUACUAGGUGUCAGGAACAGAAAUGAGACGUCAGGUACCACGAGGAUAGACAGUAAUUUUUUGGUCUAAAACAAAGAGGCGCUUGAACACCCAAUCUUGCAUAGUAAGGAUACAUAUAUAUAUUUGAUUUUUUCUAGAAGAUGUUUGUUCAUCAAUACAAGAUUUAUGUUGAUCAAUACAAGAGUUAUAUUGAUUGAUAUAAGAGUUAUG